GGGCGUCGCGGGGGAAUUUUCGUUGCAGUGGGCUGGUUGCUCUACCUAGCGGACGCUGUCUUUACACACUGCACACACACGGAACACACACACACACAGCCGCGAGAGUCGAGCUCCAGCGAGGGAUACAAGAGCAGUCCGUGGCAAGCAGACAUAAUUAUUAUUGGACAAACCUUCCGGCAAAAAAAAAUUCGGUGUUUGAUCUUGUUUUUGCUCAAAUCAUCGGACGUGUGAACGCUGCUUUUUUCUUACCUAAUUACAAUAGUUGAUCACUCAUUUUUGUGUGUUUUGUUGUAGCUGACACAACGAGGAAGGGUUUGCACCAUACAAAAAAGGCUUCCAGUAAUGGAGUCUAAUCCUAGUCUGCUACCUGUGACACGGGAUUCCAGCUCUUCUCCGCCGAGCUCCAAACAGGACCUCCCAACAUUCAACCCCAACCUGAAACCCAACCAGGUCAGCGAGACCGCGCUGUAUGGAAUACCCAUAGUCUGCCUGGUGCUGGACGGCCAGGAGAGACUGUGCCUGGCGCAAAUCUCCAACACUCUGCUGAAAAACUACAGCUAUAACGAGAUCCAUAACCGGCGUGUGGCUCUGGGCAUCACCUGCGUGCAAUGCACCCCGGUCCAGCUGGAGAUUCUGAGGCGUGCGGGCGCCAUGCCCAUCUCCUCGAGGCGCUGCGGGAUGAUUACAAAGCGCGAGGCCGAGAGGCUUUGUAAAUCGUUUCUCGGAGCUCACAACCCUCCAAAAUUACCGGAAAACUUCGCGUUUGAUGUGUCCCACGAGUGCGCGUGGGGGAGCCGUGGUAACUUUAUACCAGCCAGGUACAACAGCUCCCGAGCCAAGUGCAUCAAAUGCUCUUUCUGUAAUAUGUAUUUUUCUCCCAAUAAGUUCAUAUUUCACUCUCACCGCACACCAGAGUCAAAGUACACCCAGCCAGACGCAGCUAACUUUAACUCCUGGAGGAGGCACCUCAAACUGACUGACAAAGGCUCACCUGACGACGUGGCACAUGCAUGGGAGGACGUGAAGGCCAUGUUCAACGGGGGCAGCCGGAAGAGGACGCUGCCCGUGCACGGUCACGGCUCUGAGCGUUCCUUUCCAUUGAAACCACAUCAAGGACCUAGCAACCUCUCCCGGAGAGACUCACCGGAGAUCCCCCCUAAAAUCCUCCGCUGCGAGGACAACCGGGGAGGCAUGGGGAGUAUGAGUACCUCGUGCAGCUAUCCGGUUAUCCCGGUGCCCAGUAAGAGCUUCGGUAUGUUGCAGAAUGUGAAGAUUCCUCCGCCGCUUUACCCACAUCCCUACGGGUUCCCGGCAUUCGGGUUGUUACAGAAAAAGGAUGACGGUGCUGUGAUGGGAGAAGGGCAGAACAAAGCCCACCUCUCCGGGGUCUUCUCCUGGCCUAGCACCAAGGACAGCGCCUACCACUCUUUCCCCAUGUUCUGGCCUACUGCAGGUGGCCUGACCAUGCCCCCCUACCCCCAGCCCCAGCACAAACCGCACUCGGAGCUCCUGUGCGCCAGACAGAGUGAUCUGGAUGCAUCCGAGCAGAGUGACAGAAGUAGCAACACUCCGAGGGACAGUCUGAUGGACAGUGACCAGUGCUCUAGCACACAGUCCACCCGGAAUGAGGACGACAAGUUUGGCGAUGAGGCGAGGCUAAUGGACUGUAUAAGGCCAGUUCUACCACGGAAGAUUAGCUACGUAUCUGCAUUCAGACCCGUCAUCAAAGACGCGGAAAGUAUAGCCAAACUUUACGGUAACCGGGGGUCGUACAACGGGGCUCGAGCUGGCUACCUGUCACCAGAUUUCCUGAGCGAGAGCUCGAGUUACAGGUCCAUGUCCCCCGGAAGCGUGGACAGUGUGGGAGAGACGGAUGUGGAUGUUGAAACCAAUAAAUCACAAGAGGAUGAGGAGUCACUUCCGCACACCAUUGAGGUCAGCAAGAGCCCCCUUGUUCCGGUUCUAAACUUGGCACAGGAUGCUUCACUAAACUGCCCAGAAUCCAAAUCGGCGCCAGAGCAGGCGGCUGUGGUCGACUCACAGAGGAUGAAUCUACCUCUACACGUGGUACUGUCUUUAGACAGAGAGAGACAGGAGAACAAGACCACGUCUUUUGUUGAAAUAUAUUCACCGGACAGGAGUGAUAUGCAACAAAGGAGAAGUCCAUAUGCUUUUGGUUCAGCAACGAAUUACCAUAAAGAUACUGUGGAAUCGAAAGACGACAGUGUCAGUAGAGAGGAGCCGUCUUCGACAAUGGAGGAGAUUGAAGCGAAGUCUUAUAACGGCCAAAGCGGCGAGGAGAGCCCGAGAGUAGCCCCGAAUGAGGGCGAGGCAACGCACAAUGUUAGCAGAGUAUUACAAACUCAGAAAGACAUAGAAAAACUGGCAAAAGAGGAAUUGCAGAGACAGCUCGUUGAGCAAGUGGAGCAAAGGAAGAAAUUGGAACGAGAAUUCCAACAUUUAAAAAAUAAUUUCCAUCAUCAGAUGAAAAGGGAGCUGUCUUACAGGGAAGAGAUGGUUCAGCAGCUUCAUAUUGUCAGAGAAGCUCACGACGCGCUACAACAUUUCUCCUGUAAGAUGCUGACUCCUCGACACUGCACUGGAACCUGCUCCUUCAAACCUCCUCGCUGACUCCUCGACACUGCACUGGAACCUGCUCCUUCAAACCUCCUCGCUGACUCCUCGACACUGCACUGGAACCUGCUCCUUCAAACCUCCUCGCUGACUCCUCGACACUGCACUGGAACCUGCUUCUUCAAACCUCCUCGCUGACUCCUCGACACUGCACUGGAACCUGCUUCUUCAAACCUCCUCGCUGACUCCUCGACACUGCACUGGAACCUGCUCCUUCAAACCUCCUCUUCUACCACCUCUACCUCCUCUUCUACCACCUUAGUCCCGUCCCGGGUAGAAGUAGCAAGGCUACUUCUACCCAAAAGACUACUACCACCCCGAAGACUACUAUCACCCCCAGGACUACUACCACCCCGAAGACUACUACCACCCCCAGGACUACUACCACCACCAAGACUACUAUCACCCCCAAGACUACUACCACCCUGAAGACUACUACCACCCCCAGGACUACUAUCACCCCCAAGACUACAACCACCCUGAAGACUAAUAUCACCCCCAAGACUACUACCACCCCCAGGACUACUACCACCCCCAAGACUACUACCACCCUGAAGACUACUACCACCCCAAGACUACUACCACCCCAAGACUACUACCACCCCAAGACUACUACCACCCCCAAGACUACUAUCACCCCCAAGACUACUACUACCCCAAGACUACUACCACCCCCAAGACUACUAUCACCCCCAAGACUACUACCACCCCCAAGACUACUACCACCCCCAAGACUACUACUACCCCAAAGACUACUAUCACCCCCAAGACUACUAUCACCCCCAAGACUACUACUACCCCAAAGACUACUACUACCCCAAAGACUACUAUCACCCCCAAGACUACUACUACCCCAAGACUACUACCACCCCCAAGACUACUAUCACCCCCAAG